CUCUUUUUUUUAGAUAAUGGAGGUUAUUAAAAGUAAUAUUUUAAGAACAUUGCCAAAUAUUGACAUCUGUGUUUUGAACCAGGUUGUGAAUAAUUUAUGGGAAAUAGGUGUUGAAAAUGAAACAGAUCUCUACUUGGUGAAAAUUGAUGAUUUGGUUUUGCUAAAACCCAUCUAACAACGCAAAAUCCUUGAAUCUUGGGCAAAGGAAAGCUCUGAACAAUCUCAAAAUCCUGUAGAUUUUAUUGUUGCCACACAAUGCAGCAUGCAAAUGAUGCCCACAGUUGAACUGAAAAAUAACUCAACUAAAUCGAUAAUGAAGGUUAAGCAUGUAAGUGCGGCUGAUUGGUAUUUGGCAUUUGUUUUACCUUGGGAAAAAAUGUCUAAAGAGGUACGAGAUAUAUUAGCAGCUGGAGAAAGACCUUCAACAGCAAAUCGGUGUACAAUCAUAAGGAUUAUUAUGAAUGAUAUCCUUGCUGUUUGCUCAAAGCCGUUGAAAAAACAUUUAGAUGUAAUUGCAUCUUCUAUGGUUGCCAAAUAUCCUCAAUCAUUUAAAGAUGAAUAUGGUACUACAGUAAUUGGUAGCGGUCAUGACAGUUUAACGUUACAACUAGUAAACCGUUAUGACUAUCUUCAGCGGCCAAACCGUGCGCCACCGUUACUAAAUGUUUUCAAUUUGGAAACCCAAAAUGAACAAUUACCAGUUGAUGUCAUAAAAAGAAAAACUGAUAGUUAUGGUUGCUUGAACCGAGUACCAGUUCUCAGUGUUUCAAUCAGCCCUGAUGAACUUGAUUAUUAUCUCCAACGAACUGAAAUAAAUGAAAAGAUGCUAUUGAAUGAUUUGUUGAUAAAAUUCCCCAAUUUAUUUACAGUUGAAGGUUUGCUACAUCAUUUUGAUGUUUUGAUGGGUGGAGUUAAUGCUGGUGAACUUCUGACAAAAGCUCUAGAUGAUGAAAAGUUAUAUUUAUUUUUGCGUAGUUGCGGAAUAACAGACCUUGGAGUGAAGAAGGUGAUAUUAGAUUUAGAUAAAGCAAAGCACGAAACUUUGUCAGAUUUACCUGUGGCUCCUGGUCUUGUAUAUCUUUGAUUACUUUAUUUAAUGAAAAAUUUGACACACUUUUUAUGUUUGUGGAUGUAAGUUAAAAAAAAUAAAUAAUUUAAUAAACAUUCGAUAAAAAUUUUCAAGCAAUUAAUCGUUUCACUCAUUUUAUAAUAACAUGCAAUGUAGUUACUUCAAAGUAUUUGAUAGUAAGAAAAAAAUGUUUAGGAGACAGUGGAUCAAACAAAAUUGGCACCAGGACCAAACUUUCCACAUCUACGUGUUUAUGGAAAUUCGCUAUUUACAGCAAAUCGAUUCAUGCUGGUAAUAGAUUGCAUUGUUGUGGUUGAUGGGAUGACCAAUUUUGUCAAUUCAUUUUGUUGUUUGUUUGCUAGUUUUUAUAUUUUCAAUAUACCAUAUCCAAAAGAAGCUUCUUCAAUAUUAGAAUUUUGUCAACGUGCAUUUUUUGGCAUCAAUCCGGAAAAGGGUAGCAAAUCAAGGCGAACGAAGAAAACUUCAUCAAUAAGCAAAAUUGUGCUGUCGAUACUGCAGAAGUUUGCGAAAUUUAAUGUUUGAAUUUGCCAUGUUAAAAUCCUUCAUCUAACUUUAACUCAAACAACAAUUUAUUAUGUAGUUAUUUAUAUUUGUUUGUAAAUUUUCAAAGGUUUUACAA